UCACAGUAAACACUGUUAGGCAGCCAUGCAGAGAGCAGACUGAGUGACUUUGUAUUAGUUAAUGUAAUAACACAAAGUAGCAGGACUGUAGGAAACAUCCUCUCUUUCUGUUGCAUGUUUAGAAGAAGGCAGUGAGCAGCCACAACAGGAACUACAACGCUGUUGCAGACGUCAGGAGCAAAAAGCAUGGAGGAUCCCGGCCUGAUCAGAUGUGACAGCCUGGAUACUGGGACUGGCUCUGACUGGGAGGUGAUGACCCCAAUGGAUCGCAUGACCUUUGACCCCGAGGGCUCUGAACCAGCAGAAAACCUGGAUCCUUCUCCAGCAGAACUGGCUCAGUGUGAGGCUGAGGUGGGAACGCUGCUCAGCAUCAUCGCUGAACUGAACAAGAAGAUGGGCUCGUUAAAGGCACCGAGUGAAUCUGGGGACCUGAGACCACCAGGACCACCUGGGCCUCUGGUUCCAGACCUCCUGUCCCACAGGCUGACCAGAAGCAGCCCAGAGAGGACUACUGCCUCUGCAAACACAUCCAAACCUCUUCUGAGUGGCCGAGGUGGCGGCAGUGUCAUGUGGACUAAACUGCAGGAGGUGUUGUCAUCGGUGGAGGACUCCAUCAGCUGUAAACGGUCCUGGGCGGCCCCCAUCACAGCUUUGGACCAGAGCAAGCACAGAGAGCACCUGAGGGCAGCCCAGGAGAGCUGGGGGAAGUCCGCUCAGAUUUUAGAGGACAUGGAAAAAGAGUUUGGGAUUUCAUGCCCACAAGGCGCACCCAAGGACAAGUUUCAAGAGGAGAUCCCUGAUCAGGAGAAGCGAGACUCUGCUCUCAAAGGCGUCCUGCUGGAUCACCAGGAGGAGCUGGAGAGAGCACAGAGCAUCUUCAGCAACAUGGAGGAGGAGAAGAGCAAGCUGGUUGGUCUCCAUAAACCCUGGAGGUCAGGCAGUCACUCUCCUUCAUACAGACCCCCCUCCGGGGCUCUCAGUCCAGACUGGGCCUCUCCUCCCUUCCCUGGCUCACCCUUGCUGAGCAGAAGAACAUCCAGAGCCGUAACCCCUCUGUCUCUGGGAGGGGAUGGUUCUCCUCUGGGCUCUGUUCGCUCCUACAGUCCCUGCCAGAGUCCCAUCAGCCCGGAGUCUGAGCCUGAGCGACUCCACAGGUGCAUUGAGAGGCUGAAGGCUAGAAAUGAACGCCUGACUGCAGCUCUGGAGCGAAGGAAGGCCGAGUCAGAGCAGAUCAGUGCUAAAGUGAACAAACUGGAGGCUGACUGCUGUGCCCUGCAGACCGCUCUCAGAUACAGCGAGGAGUGUGAAGAGGCCUACAGCGAACUGCUCUCGAUUUAUGACUCCAAGAAGCAACAAAGCAUUCCAGACUCAGCAGAGAAAGUCGGUGACCGGCCCGACAGUCCAUCAGCUCAGCUCAGGGAAAUGGGAACUGAGGAGCUGUCCACCUCCUUCUCAACAGCAGGGGUGACAGAGGAGAUGCAAACACAGAGACACACAGGGCAGAGGACACCUGAGCAGGGAGAGCCGGAAGCUGUUCUCCGUCAGCAAAUAGAGCGUCUGAAGAGGGACCGGGCGGCAAUUUGUCUACCUAAGUCAAGUCAAGGUGAUGAAUGCAAAAUGAGCCCCGACACUGGUCACCCGGCGGGAUCAAGAGGAGGACCUGUGACUAAAGAGAGCGCCAAACCUUCAGAUACAAAGAAAGAGAAGGCGUCUCUCUUCUAUGAGCUCAUUUCUGUCAGGGAGGAGAUGUCAGAUCUGCGAGCUCUGAUUCGUCUCAAGGAGAAAGAGCUGAGGUGUCUGGAGUGGAGUUUGAUGGCCCAGAAGGCGCAGGAAGCAGCCGGAGCUUUCGUUCCAGAGAGCCUCAGAGAGGAGCUGGAGGAUCACACAGCUGAACAACAGAGGUUCUGUGAAAGUGCAGCCAAACUGGGCAGUGAAGGAGACAUCCCCAGCCCUCGAUCCAGACCCAUCCUGAAAGAGCUGCAGGCUGUUCUGCAGAGGGAGCAGGCUCUGAAAAAGAGACUGGCGUUAGUCCAUGAUUCUCUAAACACAGCUCUAUCAGACAACACCUCACACAGGAGGGACAGUGGAGAGCAGUAUGCUCGGCUGACACAAGCUCACAGUAAAGCCUUGAGUUCGUACCGUCAGAUUCGUAGGAAGUACCGCGAGCAGGUGUGGAGGCUGGAGCAGAAAGUGGCGGCCAUGAUGGAGAGUCACCAACAGCAGAGUGCAGCACAGAAGUCUGCAGGGGAGAGCUCAGAGUGGAGGAGGGAAGAGACUGUGCUCUGAUCAUUCAGGCAGAGAUAAGCAUUCCUAUGAGCCCACUUUGUUACCAGCUAUAAUGUACAGUGCCUCUGAAUUUAAGCAGCCUACAUUUUUAUUUUAGUCUGCAAAGUUUUUUCAGCACUCAUGAGCUUUAUUACACGUCAGCAAAUAUUAGUAUGCUAAAUAAGACUACUAAGAUGAUGAGUAUUGUAAACAUUUACCUACUAAACCACAAUGUGUUCACACUUGUCAGUGUUUGAACAUAAGCAUGCUAGUGUUAGCAUUAAGCCAAAAGCUCUACUAGCUGCUGAGUCUCUUAUUUAUUGACUUUAAAGUCUUGAAAUUAAGCUAAAAUGAAACUCACAUUCUUGGGGAAGGUGGCUGUUUUGGAUAAUAUUCCUGGUCAUAUCAUGCACCUAUUUUCGAAACAUGCUACAUCUUGUCGUAUUCUGAUAUUAAAAUCAUGUUUAUUUGCAAAAAUAUGUGCCUAUGUAAGCCUUCAAUCAACAUGCUAUUAAAUUAUAUAUUGAAAUCCACUUAUUUUCAGUUUAGUGGAUAAAGACCUAAUGAACAAAGAUUCAUCAGUUAGCUUGCUAGCGGUAGCUUUGCUUACUGAUUUGGUUUAUUGUGGUAUGAUCACUUUUUAACAUUAAAAUCAUGUUGUAGUGUUUUCUGUCUGUUUCAAAUGGUUGAUGAUAAGAUGUAGUUUUAUUUUGUUUGUUUUUUAAUAAAACGUGUAUAUACUCU